UUUACGAUGCUCAUUGAAACUCCAAAUCCACAGAACGGUGACAACCUCAAAAGUUAGAAACUCGAUUCAUCAAUGGCAUCUGAAAACCCUAAUGAGAAAAACUCUUUAUACCCAAAGGUAAUAAUUUCAAACCUAGAAACAUCCUCUUUCAACCCAUCCUCCUCUCUCUACCCCGCAGUUGACGAAGUUGGUGACCUUGUUGAGAACCUUUUCCAAAACGAAAACAUUCCUUCUGCGCCACCGCUUGCCGCUGAAGAGGUCCUCAUCAAGGUCCCUGGCGCCAUCCUCCACCUCAUCGAUAAGGAAUGUAGCAUUGAGCUCGCUUGUGGUGACCUCACGAUCAACUGCCUUCGCCAAGGGCCAAAUGUCGUUGCUAUCUAUGCUUGUGUAGACAACAACAUCCAAUGGCCCUUGGCAAAAGACGAGGCUGCCGUCAAAGUUGAUGACACACACUACUUUUUCUCCCUUCGUGUCCCUAAAGAGGAAUCUGAUUCAGAUUCCUCCUCAGACGAAGAGGAAAAAGGAAAAGGAGAAAAACAUGGUCGCAAGGAGAAUCGAAAGAAGAAGAAAAAGAAUAAGAAGAACAAGGAUGAUUCUGGUUUGGGUGUGUUGAGUUAUGGCUUAACAAUAGCAUCAAAGGGUCAAGAGGAUUUGGUGAAGGAGUUGGACAAGGUGUUGCAAGAAUGUAGUGCUUUCUCGGUGCAAGAGCUUUCAGAAAAAGCGAAGAGGGAAGGGGAGGCUUUGGAUGAGUCAGUGGCGAAAGAGACAUCACCAGCAGAUUUAUGGUCAGAAGAGAAGAGGGAGAUGAUUGAGGAGAAGUGUACAGCAUAUUGGACUACGUUGGCACCUAAUGUAGAGGAUUAUAGUGGAACUGCUGCAAAGCUUAUUGCAACGGGUUCUGGGCAAUUGGUUAAGGGGAUAUUGUGGUGUGGGGAUGUGACAGUGGAGCGGUUAAGGUGGGGGAAUGAGAUCAUGAAGCAAAGGUUGGCUUCAAGCUCACAAAGAGAGAUUAGUCCUGAAACCAUGAGGCGAAUCCAGAGGGUUAAAAGAGUGACCAGAAUGACAGAGAGUGUGGCAAAUGGGGUCCUCACUGGGGUUGUGAAGGUCUCUGGAUUUUUUACUAGUUCAGUGGUAAAUUCAAAAGCAGGAAAGAAAUUUAUCAGCAUGCUACCUGGUGAAGUUGUGUUGGCAUCACUGGAUGGAUUCUGCAAAGUGUGUGAUGCUGUUGAAGUAGCAGGAAAAAGUGUUAUGUCAACAUCAUCCACGGUUACAACCGACAUUGUCAAUCACAGAUAUGGAGAAGAAGCUGCUAAGGCAACAAGUGAAGGAAUGGAUGCUGCUGGUCAUGCUGUGGGGGCUGCAUGGGCUGCAUUUAAAAUUCGACAAGCUUUAAAUCCUAAGAGUGCUAUAAAACCUACCACACUGGCCAAAUCUGCAGCUAAAGCUGCUGCUGCUGAACUUAAGGGUAAAAUGGCCAAGUGAUUUAUGGUGAGAGUUCUUCAAUUAAGGUUUUGACCAUCCUAACAUCAAUAGUCACUGCUAUUCAUUACUAUAGUUUCUUAAUUUCUGGACAAAUGGGAACAUUGUAAAUAUUAGAGGUGGAAACAUUGAUAUAUGAUUUGAAAAUGGUAACUGUAUUUAUUGUUCUAGUGGCAAGAACUCCACUCACUUUAGUGAAUAGUGUUGAAAGUUAAUGAA